AUGGUGCUCCGAGCGUGGGUAACAGGACCGAAAGGUCUCAGGGGUGGACUAGCCGCGCCCUUGCGUGGAGUAUAUGUGGCCGUCCGAUGGUGCAGCACGAAUUCUUCUUCCGAUGCUGCAGGACGGCAGCCGGAGAUGACGGUGAACGACUUGCAUCGGCAGCCAGACAUGCUGUCGGGGUUUGACCCUAGCCUGAUACGCAACUUCAGGUGGAUUGCCCUGUACUUCAUCGGCGCUCCCCUUGUAGGCGCAACAACGUCUACAAUAUCGAGCUUCAUUCGUUGGGUUUUUCCCUUUGCCCCUGCUUCCAGCAUCAUCGCGCAUAUCGAUCACGGCAAGAGCACCCUGGCCGACACCCUUUUGGUCCGGACGGGAACCAUCAGCGCGAAGGACAGCAGGGGUAGUCCCCAGAUGCUCGACACGCUCAAAGUAUGGGGGAUCACGGUCAAGGCUCAGACAGCGAGCAUGUUACACGACGGGCACCUCUUGAACCUCAUCGACACGCCCGGCCACGUGGACUUCAGCUAUGAGCGCUAUCUCACAUGUUCACUGGUUCUUCUCGAAGGGGAUGAUGUUCACAGUGAUCGGAAACCAGAACUUGCAGCUACGGCGAUACUCCACGUACGAAACGAAACUACCUCCCCUAAUGCCUUCGUCUGCGACAAGGUGGUGAGGAGCCUCUCAGCGUGCCAGGGGGCCCUACUGCUCGUAGACGCCACCCAGGGGGUUCAGGCACAGACGCUUUCCACUGCGAAGGCGGCGCAGGCGGCGGGGCUCAAGCUCGUGCCCGUGGUGACCAAGAUAGACCUGCACCACGCCAACGUCGAGGCGAGUAUUUGUGACGGCAUGCGCCAGGUGUUGAGAGCUAUCGUGGAAAGGGUGCCCCCGCCACCCCGAGAGGUGGAUCCUGCUGCUCCUCUGAGGGCACGGCUGGUGGACUCUUGGUAUGAUUCUAUCCGAGGCGUUGUGUGCUUGGUAGAAGUCGUGGAUGGCUGCCUGGCGGAGCAAGAUCGAGUCGUUCCGUUCCAUCUGAAGUAUGGUUCCAGUUCCGCCUCCGGCUCCGGUUCGGACGCCGCGGGCAGCGGGUCUCCUGCCCCAUCGAUGAGCUCGGAGACGUUCUCGGUGCAGGAGGUGGGCCUCCUGACGCCGGCACCGACGAGGACAGGGGCGCUAUACCCGGGGCAAGUUGGCUACAUCAUCGCGGGUGGGUGGCUGGGGGAGGUGGCGUAG